AUGGCUGGAGGACAAGAGAAAUGGUAUUUUACAAAAGAGCAACUCCAGAAUUCUCCAAGCAGAAGAUGCGGUUUAGAUGCAGAUAAGGAGCUUGCCUACCGGCAGCAGGCAGCGAAUCUUAUCCAGGAUAUGGGCCAAAGGCUUCAAGUUUCACAACUAUGCAUCAACACGGCCAUCGUGUAUAUGCAUCGCUUCUACGCCUUCCACUCCUUCACGCAAUUCCACAGAAACGCCAUUGCCGCCGCGGCGCUAUUUCUCGCGGCAAAGGUGGAGGAACAACCACGAAAAUUAGAAUAUGUAAUAAAGGUGGCACAUGUCUGCCUCCACAGAGGUGAGGGAGUUAAUGCCCUCACUUCUGAACAAUACCAAGAACAGGCGCAGGACCUGGUAUUCAACGAGAACGUACUCCUACAGACGUUAGGUUUUGAUGUCGCGAUCGACCAUCCGCACACUCACGUUGUACGCACGUGUCACCUUGUCAAAGCUCCGAAGGACCUAGCGCAGACCUCGUAUUUCAUGGCGUCGAACAGCCUCCAUUUGACCACGAUGUGCUUGCAGUAUAGGCCGACAGUCGUCGCCUGCUUCUGCAUACAUCUCGCGUCAAAAUGGAGCAAUUGGUCGAUCCCGCAAUCGCACGAAGGUCGCCACUGGUUCUCCUACGUCGACCGCAGCGUAACUUCGGAGCUCCUCGAGCGGCUUACUGCUGAAUUCCUGCACAUCUUCGACAAGUGCCCCUCUCGGCUCAAGAGGAAGAUGAUGACAAUGUCCAACAACAGCGGCAGUUCACCCCAUUCAAACGCCGCACAUCCGUCCUCUUCCGCUCCAGGUGUACCCAACUCGCCAUUCGACAAGAAACACCCACCGCCCAAUAGUGAUGAGUUCGACAAAUCAUUUGACAAAGAAUACGAGCGCGAGAGGCGUCGUCAGCCUGGCGCCGGUGGUUAUGUGCCGGCGACAUCCGCCCCACCCGUUAAUGCAACACAACCGCAGAAAAUAGACUACAAUUUGUAUAGAGAAAAAAGAGAAAGGGAGGAAAGAGAGCGGAGGCAGGCCGCUAUGCAGCAAGCGAGGCCCAGCUCCUCCCAGCAGCCGAGGCCGGGUAGUUCUCAACCGCCGCCCCACCAUCAGAGGCCGUCUUCGGGCCAGCACCACCACAAGCCGCACCACGCGUGGCCGCACCACAAGCCGCCGCACCACAAACCGCCCCACGAUCACAGGCACCACAGGCCGCCACAAGUGCCGCCCGCUGCGUCAAACCCCGCCCAGGCGGUGCCGCAUCCGCCCAACCCUCAGUCCCAGCCCCAACCACCGCCCCAACCCCAACCGGAGCCGGUGCCGCAGAGAACGCGCCCGCCGUCGCUCUUCUCGCCCGAGAACGCGACCACGCCCACCGCCGCUGCCGCUUCGGCCCCCAGGAGACUGCAGCCCCCCACUAGCAGGGAGCAAAGGCCGCCCCGGCCGGACGCCCGCCCGCUACCGGCCGCCCCCAACGCCCUCUCGGCCCCUGCGCCGAUACAAGCGCCCCAAGCGCACUCUCAACCGAUCCUCCAAGAGCAAAAGCCCCCCAGUCCGCACAAAAAGCGGCCCGACCCCACGGCCGCGAUACGCGAAAUGCAACCGCCGGCCAUACUGUCCCCAUUCUCGUCCCCGCCCGCCGUCAAAGAGCCGCCGCCAAGGCAGCCGAGGCAACGGGCGCCGUCCAACUCGGAGCCGGAACUGGUGCCGGUCGUCAAGAAACUCGACGAGACGCCCGGCUACGAGAAUGUGAUACGCGACUCCCAACGCGGCAACACGAUCAGAUCGCGACCCCCCGAACAGCGGAAGCCGGAGCCGCCGUCGAGGAGUCUCAACGGCAUAGAGACCGACCCCACUCUGGUGUCAAAUUUGCUCAAGGAAAGCCUCGCGAAACCCGCCCCCAUUACCGUCCCAACGGAACGCAAAUCUCCUAUAGAAAUAAAGCGCGAACCGAUGGUUGAAACCCCCGCUCCGGCGCCCCCUCCCCCACAACCGGAACCUCACCCUAACCUAUCCCAGCCCCACCUGAACCAAGAGGAAAAUUCCGAACACAAACACAAAAAGGAGAAGAAGAAAAAGGACAAACACAAGCAUAAGGACCGCGACAAGUCGAAAGACGAGCGGAAGAAACACAAAAAGGACAAAGAGAGGGAGAGAAAGAAGGAGGCGAGUCCACAGCCACCGCCCGCGGAGCCGAUGGCGGACGGCGCGUUGCGGAUAACGAUACCCAGGGAGAAGUUGUCCACUAGUCCCGGGCUGAAGAUUAAAAUACCGAAGGAGCGUUUGGCGGCGCCCCCACCGCCGCCGCAGCCUUCGGGCCUCAAGAUCAAGAUCUCAAAAGAGGUCCUCGAGACGUCGAGGAAGCGGACCGGCGGCGCCGAGCUCGGCCCGCCGCAGAAGAUGCCGCGCCAGAACGGAGCUCCGCAUCCCAAGGUAGGCAAUUGGAACGUACCACCCCCUUAUAGACCCCCACUGCCUUACUAUGUCGUUCAGCCGCCGCCCCCGCUGUAUUACGGCAUGGGGAUGGACGGGUACUUCUACGGCGCGAUGUAUGGACCGCCGCCGCCCCAUCAGCCCCAUCACCAACCGCCGCAUCAGCCCCCACACCAGCCACCGCAGCCCCUGCAACAGCAACCCCCUUUGCCGGCGAUGCCGCCGCCGCCCGUCCCCCCACCGCCGCCGGAA